AUGCCUUUAACAACCCCGGUCCUCACCGUGGACGCGGACAAUAUUCACAAAGUGGAUACCGCCAACGCUCAGAGUCUUCAUGGAAUGUGGAUGGUUUUUUCAAAAUGUGCCGAUUACAUGGACCAAGGCCGUCGACUUGAAAACCUCAGUUGGCGGCUGUGGACCCGCGAAACCUUCUGCGUCGAGCCUGAGAAGUCCAACAGCACUUCCGCCCUACCAUUACUACGUUCUGAAGCUGGCGAUUUGCCUGAGUUGUCUGCCAGUGUUGAGUCGGCUGCAUCCGAUCAAGCAGAGCGGAUCGAAGCUCACAUCAAGCGUCCCAAGUUCAAUGACUACCGACCUGCUGUCGUUCGCGAAGACUCAUUGGCCAGCCUCGGCCGUGGCAAGGAGAAGCACAUCACCUCGUUGGAUUUGGAGCGCAUGGUCCUGAACAUUAAAGAGAAGAAACAGCUGGAGCCAAUGUCUCCUCCAGUCGAGCCCGCUGCACCCGUCGUCGACAUUACUCCCCGCCCAUCGACUCCUACUCCCACCCCUCCCUCCGUCUCGACUGCUCGCCGCGUUCCUCACUUCUCUGUCCGACCGACCCCAUACCCGCAUGAGUCCACAGAGUCGUGCUCGACCACAGCCCCCGAGGGCAACGAGAGCGACACUGCACAGCUCAACGCGUCUGAUACCAGCGUCUCAUCCUCCGGCAUCCUUCCCAGCCGACCUGAGUUGAUCAAGUCUCCCAGCAUCGUCCGUGGUUUUUCGCCAUCACAUAUCUCUUCUUCAUUCCGAUCACAGCCGAGGCUGUCUAUUGACCCUAGUCCUUCCUGUUCUGCUACGCAGCUGAAGCCAUCGCCAUUGAAGAAGAGGGGAGGUGGCAUGUUUACGUUGGGUGGUUCCUCUGGAGAUGACGACGAAAGCUCCUUUGAAGAGCGCAUGGCUCCUCAGGUGGCCCAUGAGAACGCGACCGGUGGCGGAUUGAAGCCCAGAACCAGCGAUCCGAAAUCUACGAAAAAAACCGCUUCCUUCAGUAAUCAAGUCUCUUCUCACAUCAUCCCCAAUUCGAAGGAUAUCAGCCAAUCCGACGAGGACGCCAUUGAGACUGACGACGAAGUUUCGGAAAGUGCAAUUGAGGAUGAAGAUUCUGAUUGGGAAGACUCCGUCACGGAAGGAGGCGAGUCUAGCGUGGAUGAACGUGGAGAGAUGUUCCAGCGGGUCGAUUCCCGACCCAACCUUGUUUCGCGGCGCUCGAUGCUCACUAUGAUGAUGCACCAGCCGUCGCGCAUGCAGGGCAACGCAUUCCGGUCCAGUCCCGCACUUCAACGAUCGCGGUUGACCUCACCCAGCGGUCCAUCGAUUCCCAAGUCGCCUCCGGAUAACGAAGAGGAAAGCCUGACUAUGCGUGGCCCCGAGGUUCCCAGAUCGAAGCCCAUCGUUAUGAACAACAAUGGUUCACAGUGUAUGGCGCACUCGCCACGAACAACCCGCCGCAACAUGCUUGCCACCGAAUUGACCGAGUCUCUCCGCCGACACCUCCUCUGGGAACGCCAGCAGAAGAGCGCUACUGCGAAUGCUUUCCUCAAGCGUCGCCAUACCGCCCACGACGUGAAGAAUCUCCAAGAUUAUCCUAAUCCUAAGGGUCCCCACAAUGAAGUCGGGCCGGAUCAAUCCAGUGCUGAGGCAGAGAUGAACGCUGACCUAGGCAAGAAUGGCUCCUGGACGAACUACACCACUGACUACGGUCCAUGGGAAUAUCAUGUGAAGGGAUGGUAG